GUAGGGGGGUGCGGAAAAGCCGCGGAGGGGACUCGGUCCAGGGACUCUGUAGAGGGCCGGAGACCGACAGGAACAGCGGCCCGGGACCCGCGCUGCCCCCACCGAGCAGGCGCCCCCAUGGCCCGACCCCGCUGAUUCCUUCACUUGGCCAUGCUCCCGCGGCCCCUGCGGCUGCUUUUGGACACGAGCCCCCCCGGGGGAGUCGUGCUGAGCAGCUUCCGGAGCCGAGAUCCCGAAGAGGGUGGGGACCCAGGUGGCCGGGCCGUGGGCGGGGGGCAGGAGGAAGAGGAGGAGGAAGAAGAAGAGGCCCCUGUGUCUGUCUGGGAUGAGGAGGAGGAUGGUGCCACCUUUACUGUCACAAGCCGCCAAUAUCGGCCUCUUGAUCCCUUGGCCCCCACACCUCCACCACGGUCCUCUCGACGGCUCCGAGCUGGCACCCUGGAGGCUCUGGUCAGACACCUGCUGGAUCCCCGGACAUCAGGGGCUGACAUGACAUUCAUGUCAGCCUUCCUGGCCACCCACAGGGCCUUCACCUCCACGCCUGCCCUGCUUGGGCUUGUGGCUGACAGGCUGGAAGCCCUUGAGUCUCAUCCUACUGAUGAGCUAGAGAGGACAACAGGGGUAGCCAUCUCUGUACUGUCAACCUGGCUGGCCUCUCACCCUGAGGAUUUUGGCUCUGAGGUCAAGGGUCAGCUUGACCGGCUUGAGGGCUUCUUGCAUCGGACAGGGUAUGCAGCUGGGGAGGGUGUUGGGGGGGGCAGCGCUGACCUCUUCCGCAACCUCCGGUCCCGGGUGGACCCCCAGGCCCCCGACCUUCCUAAGCCCCUGGCCCUCCCCGGCGACCCCCCUGCUGACCCCACGGAUGUCCUGGUGUUCCUCGCUGACCACUUGGCCGAGCAGCUGACCCUGCUAGAUGCGGAACUGUUUCUCAAUCUGGUCCCCUCUCAGUGCUUGGGGGGCCUGUGGGGUCACAGAGACCGGCCAGGACAUUCCCACCUCUGCCCAUCUGUCCGAGCAACUGUCACACAAUUCAACAAGGUGGCAGGGGCUGUGGUUAGCUCUGUCCUGGGGGCCACCUCAACAGGAGAGGGACCUGGGGAGGUGACCAUACGGCCACUUCGACCUCCCCAGAGGGCCCGGCUCCUAGAGAAGUGGAUCCGUGUGGCAGACGAGUGCCGACUUCUCCGAAACUUCUCUUCAGUUUAUGCUGUUGUGUCAGCCCUGCAGUCCAGCCCCAUCCAUAGGCUUCGGGCAGCCUGGGGAGAAGCAGCCAGGGACAGCCUCCGAGUCUUUUCUAGCCUCUGCCAGAUUUUCUCUGAGGAGGACAAUUAUUCCCAGAGCAGGGAGCUCCUCCUGCAGGAGGUGAAACUGCAGCCCUCUCUGGAGCCACACUCCAAGAAGUCCCCGAGGUCUGGUUCCCGGGGUGGGGGUGUGGUCCCAUACCUUGGUACCUUCCUGAAGGACCUCGUGAUGCUGGAUGCAGCCUCCAAGGAUGAACUGGAGAAUGGUUACAUCAAUUUUGACAAGCGUAGGAAGGAGUUUGCUGUCCUUUCUGAGUUGCGACGGCUCCAGAAUGAAUGUCGUGGCUAUGACCUUCGACCUGACCCUGAUAUCCAACAGUGGCUCCGGGGGCUCCGGCCACUGACUGAGGCUCAGAGUCACCGUGUGUCCUGUGAGGUGGAACCACCUGGUACCAGUGAUCAUUCUGCCCCACGGGUGCUUCGGCCAACACUAGUCAUCUCGCAGUGGACAGAGGUUCUGGGCUCUGUUGGGGGCCCCACCCCACUUGUAUCCUGGGACCGGCCCAGUGUAGGGGGAGAUGAGGUUCCUGGAACACCUGCCCCUCUGCUGACCCGACUAGCCCAGCAUAUGAAGUGGCCAUCUGUCUCAUCUCUGGAUUCUGCCCUGGAAAGCAGUCCCUCCCUGCAUAGUCCAGCUGACCCCAGCCACCUCUCGCCCCCAGCCUCCUCUCCUAGGCCCUCUCGAGGCCACCGCCGCUCAGCCUCCUGUGGGUCCCCAUUGAGUGGGAGUACAGGAGAAGGGGCCUCCAGGGGAACUGGAUAUGGGGGAGGGGGAUCUUGUCCAGGGGCCUCUGAUUGCCGAAUCAUCCGAGUCCAGAUGGAACUGGGGGAAGAUGGCAGUGUGUACAAGAGCAUCUUGGUGACAAGCCAGGACAAGGCUCCAAGUGUCAUCAGUCGUGUUCUCAAGAAAAACAAUCGUGAUUCUGCAGUGGCUUCAGAGUUUGAGCUGGUACAGCUGCUACCAGGGGAGCGAGAGCUGACCAUUCCACCCUCAGCUAAUGUCUUCUAUGCUAUGGAUGGAGCAUCUCAUGAUUUCCUCCUACGACAGCGGCGAAAGCCCUCCACUGCCACACCGGGUUCUGCCAGUGGCCCCUCUGCCUCAGGAACUCCCCCAAGUGAGGGAGGAGGGGGCUCUUUUCCCAGGAUCAAGGCCACAGGGAGGAAGAUUGCACGGGCACUAUUCUGAGGAAGAAGCCCUGUUGGCUUACAGAGGUCAUGGUGUUCAAACCAGAUGUGGGUAGCCAUCCUGAAUGGUGUCAGUUACAUCACACUGGGACAAAUUCUGAAAGGUGGCCAGCCACCCUGGGGCAGUGAAGUGCCACUCAUUUAUCAGGCAGCAGAGAAAUUCAGCCCUGUGGGAGCUGGUAAUUUUGUAACCAAGUCAGAUACCUGUAUACAGCUCCUCACCUCUCAAGAAUUCAGCACACAGAAAAGGGCACCAGUUUCUGAUUCCUGUCACAUCCUCGCAUGUGAAAGGUCAAGGAAAGGCCUACAGGCUCUGAGCCCCAGGGCAGAGGGGAAGGCAAGAAGUAGGUUCUAGUGGGAAUUCCUUUUCCCACUCUGGGGCUUCCUGUCACUGUGACAACACUAAGAUAAUAAACCAAAACACUACCUGAAUUUUA